CCAGGAGCCCCAGGCAGUCAUAUGUACGUGCGCGCCAUGCAAGUGACAACCCUGUGCCUUGGCCGCGCCUAUGCUUUCGGAGCUGACAUGCGCUGGAUCGAUCGGCCUGGCAGACAUGAUCGAUAAGAACACCCACGAGAUACGACAAGAUGAAGACAAGACAGUGUACAGGUCCCUUGAGGAGCUCGGCGACGACUUGCCGGAUCACACACCACGAUACGUGCUGAUGAGCUAUCCCCUGACGCUGCCCGACGGUCGAAUGUCCGCGCCAUACGUGAUGCUAUACUAUCUGCCCAUUACAUGCAACGCCGAGAUGCGCAUGCUGUAUGCUGGUGCCAAGGAACUGAUGCGAAAUACGAGCGAGGUCGGCCGAGUCAUCGACAUAGAGUCGGUAGAGGACCUAGAGGAAAUUCCGGAGAAGCUUAGAUCCGGAUAAUGCAAAGCACGCAGCACGAUGUCAUGUCCACGGGGUCCUACGCAGGAACGGGGUUGGGAGUAAGGGAAAGGUAUCGUGGCGUAAAUCAUGUCUAUGCUAUCUUCAUUCGUCUGGCAACACGUCUUGGGUAUUCAGCCCCAGCUGGUCAGCCACCCCCUUAACGACCUCCUUGAACGCUAGGCAGGCUGGGCUGUCUGGGAACGAGUCGAAGUAGCUCUCCCCGUAGUCGCAUGCCAUCCGGAUGCGCGGGUCCAA